CAGAGAAGUGGGCGGGCCGAGACGCGGGGAGCUCGCUUCUGAUUGGUGGGCCCAAGUUUGGCGCCAGCUUCGGGCGUAGGCAGAGGGCGAGAGAGCGCGCGCGCGCGCGCGGGUUGCGCAGCGUUUGUUCUGUACGGGUGGCGGGGCGGGUCAGAGCGUGAGGGGGUCGCGCUGACAGCAGGAGCCGCUCGGGUCCGCUCCCACCUCACGCCGGCCUCAUGGAUCCCGGGCCCCCCAGCCCUGCCCCGCCGAGCUCCCGCCGCCGCCGCCUCCUCCUCCUGCCGCAGCUCCCGGCCGCCGGGCCCGGCGUGGUGAAGUCCCUGUUCCCCGCCGAGCUCUCCCCGGUCUCCGGCCUCAGCCUCACCAUGAAGCAGCUGCAGGGACUUGGCUACAGUCAGUAUGAGAAUUCUGUGCAAAUGCUGGGAAUGAGGAACAGUAACAAUCUACAAAGAACAGACUCGUCAGAAUCUACUGAUUCAGGCUACUGUCUAGAUUUUCCUGAUUCCCUGAACUCGGACAUUGAGGAAACCUUUGAGAAAACAGUUAUAGAAUCUGGCAGAUUUACUAAUAUUCAGUUACCCAUCAGAAGAAUACGUUCCCUCCCGCAGAAGCUUCUGGGGUCUAGUCCUGCUCUGAAGAGGAGCAACUCAGAUUCAUUGGAUUGUGAUGUUUUUCACCUGAUUGAACCAGAUGACAACAAAGAGAAUGAGUCCUUUGAGUUUAAGAAGCCAACCAGGCCCGCUUCUCGUACUUGUCUGCGUGUCCGUUCCCUUGAAGAUGGAAAAGAUGUUUUUGGGCAAAGACAGAACUCUGCCCCAGCUCGGAUGUUUCCCACUGGUGAAGCCCCUGAAGGUGACUUGGAAAACUAUAGGCCUGCUUUCAUGCAGCAGUCAUCUCUAACUUCCCCUGACACUGAGGAAGAAGAUGAUGGAUUCCUAGAUAUAUUGGAUGGGGAGGACUUGAAGAACAAUGAAGAGAUGCCAUCUGGUGUGGCAAGCCUUUGGACAGCUCCACUAGUCAUGAGGAAAGCAGACAACCACAUUAAACGGUGCAGAUUGUUUGGAUCACCGUCUCUGCCCAAUGGUGUGGCUAGGACUGCCCUGAAAAGAAUGGAAAGGUCCCAAGAAGAGACCUCUCCAGGAAACAGCAAAAGGAGGAAAAAUGUGCCUGGAACACCUUCUGAAGAAGCAAUGAGUCUGAAACUAAUUAGAACUCAGUCAUCCUCAGAGAUUGAGAGCAUUUUGGACAGCGACCAAAGGAAUCUUAUUGGCGACUUCUCAAAGGAUUACCUUUUCCACACUGUAGAUGGGAAGCAUCAAGAUUUAAAAUAUAUCGACCCAGAAAUGAUUGUAUCUGUGCUGACUGGGAAGUUUGCAAGCUUCAUUAAGGAGUGUGUGAUAAUUGACUGCAGAUAUCCAUAUGAAUAUGAGGGAGGCCAUAUCAAGGGUGCUGUAAACCUCCACAUGGAAGAGGAUGUGGAGGAUUUCCUGCUGAAGAAGCCUAUCAUGCCAUCAGAGAACAAACGAGUAAUAAUAGUAUUCCACUGCGAGUUCUCCUCAGAGCGGGGUCCCCGAAUGUGCCGGUUUGUGAGAGAGAGAGACAGACUGGGGAAUGAGUACCCCAACCUGCAUUACCCAGAGCUUUAUGUGCUAAAGGGGGGCUAUAAGGACUUCUUCUUAAGAUGCCAAAACUAUUGUGAACCCCAAAGCUACCGCCCCAUGCACCAUGAGGACUUUAAGGAAGAUUUGAAAAGGUUCCGCACAAAAAGUAGAACAUGGGCAGGUGAGAAGAGCAAAAGGGAACUGUACAGUCGCCUGAAGAAACUCUAAGAGCUGUAUCGAUGGGCAGUGGAAGACUGCUCACCAUGUAGGAAAACUGAAGUGAGAGGGGAGAAGAGUGUAUCUGUUCCUUGGUCAUGAUUGUCAUACACUAACUCACUCCAUGGACAACUUUGCAUUCUUGUCAGUCUUGCUGAAAGUGAUGAGAGAAACAAUAUGGAACACUUGUAUUCACCAUGCUGCUCAUGUGGACCUAAUGAUCUGCUUGCUGACUGCAAAGAUGACUUUUCUUUAUGCCUUCCACAACAAGGUUCAUGGAAAUGGAUUCUCCUCUUUGGCAUACAUAGAAACAGCUACCCAACAGGCUCGGUAGGUGGGGUGGCUUGAGCUGGCAUGUGCCGUGUAAGUGUUAAUGGUGAGAUUAUUUUAGUGCCUGUGUUAAAACUGCCUUAUUUUAUUUAAGUACAGUCAAAUGAAGCUAAUACCACUGCAGGCGAGUCAUCUGGAUUGCACUGAGACCUCAUUUCUGCUAACAGGCAACCCCUACCAUGGUGUUCUCAAGUCUUUCCUUUCAACUGCAGCUCUGAUUGGUUUUUGUUGGCAGUGUAACGCACUGUAGUGAAGUGGGAUGGGGAGUGGUGCUUCUCUGAGGCUUUUCACACAACUAAAAUGCAACACCUACAGGAAGCCUAUGACAGUAUAACGGGAAACUGCUUGUUGUGCAGAUAUCAUGUUCUUUUAAUUUAUUCUGUGAUCUAGGUUGCUUUAUUUUAUAUUUUAACUUCAGGAACUUCUCCUUAGCUGUUGCAUUAAAUCUGAAGGAACCACCAUUUCAAAGUGGGCAGAAUUACUGCCAGUUCCCAUAAACCAGAGAACAGGUUGCUUCUGAUGAACUCUGAAGUGCCAGCUGGGAAACCUGAUUAUGUAUUUAGUGUUGCCAAAUUGAGCAGUGAUGGAGCAGCAUAUUGCUGCUGCUUUCAGUUCUAGGUAUUAUCAUGGUUUACAUCUGGAAGAGAACCUGGCUAUGUGGAAUCAUGCUUAUUCUGUCAUUUGCAAGUUGAUUUGCUUCUCAUUGAAACUUCAGCCACCUCCUGCUGUGCAGCUGUUCUAAAACUGCUUCAGCAGCUGUGGAUUUUUAACUUCAGAUGUUUAUAACUAGUUUGUUGGAAGGACAAAGCAAGAGAGGAGCCUACAGCCAAUGAGCUUUCACCAUCAGUAGAUAGUUGAUGCUGGUAAAAGGAAAAACUUUCAAAGGCUGGCUUUGUGUUCUCCAGUUAAAUAAAGAGCUAAAUCCUAGGAAUUAGCUAUCCAAAGCAGAGGAUCCCAUGCCAAGAGAUUGUGCCAAUGUUAAAUCUGUUCUAGUUGCUUCUUUGGCAACAUGUAAAACAUGUCUAGCAAAUGCUAAAGCAGUCUAAUGCGGGGCAGGCAAACUGUUUGGCCUGAGGGCCACAUCGGGUUUCCAAAAUUGUAUGGAGGGCUGCUUAGGGGAGGAGGCUGUCUCUCCCACAUAGCCAGGCAUGGCCUGGCUCCUAUCCAACCCCUACUUCUUGCCCCCAACGGCUCCCCCGGGAUUCCUGCCCCCAUCCAAUCCCCCUGUCCCCUGAUGGCCCCCUGGGACUCCUGCCCCAUCUACCACUCCCUGUUCCCCGCCCUCUGACCGCCCUGACCCCCAUCCAACCCACCCUGCCCCCUUACUGCACUGCAUGGUGCACCAGUGGCUGGCGGCGCUACAGCUGUGCCACACAGAGCACCAGGUCAGGCCACGGCUCUGCAACUGCGCUUCCUGGCCGUCCAGAGCAUUGUGCUAGCGGAGCGCUGAGGCUGCAGGGGAGGGGCCUGGAGCUCAGUGGCUGGGCAGGAGGGUCCCGUGGGCCGGAUGUGGCCUGCUGGCCAUAGUUUGCCCACCUGUGGUCUAAUGACUUAGAAUGUGAUCUGCCUCUCACUUUAAGCUGAGUAUGCCUGAUUUGGCAAUGGCUCUGCUUCCCUAUGUGCCAACAUGUCAGUGAAACCAGCUCUGUAUGUGUAAGAGAGCAGCCUUGCUUUCCAUAGAUUUUCAAAGGCCCUUAUUUUUAGCUUAGCAGAAAUCCCGAAGUGCUUCAAAUGGCUUGGCUUGUGCCCUUCAGGUCAACAUUAAAAAAAGGCAUUUACAUCAAAGUAUAGGGUGGGAAAGGUUUUGUGGCGUUUUAUUUUGUUUUUAAUUUUUCCAUUUCCUAAUGUCUAUUGUUCAAGUUUUAUUCCUUUAAGUUUCAAAAACAUUACAUAACGCUUUUAUUCUUUUUUAAAGUUAAGUCUCUUAUGGGUGGAUUAAUAAGUGUUAAAUUAGUGCUGGUGAUUUACCAAACUUAUAAUCAAAAAACAGGAGGGAAGUUGUAUUCCACAUCCUUGCAUGGUAUUUUGUAUUAGGAAUUUCUGUAAGAAGCCCAGUGAGAUGACUUAAGUCUAAACUUUCUGAAUUAUGUGUCACUAUUAAAUUUGGGAAGGGGAAAGUUGUUCUGAAAUCCAAUCAGUAAUCCAUUUGACUAAAGCUACCUUCUGAUACAUGAUUACCUUCACUGUAUGCAGGUGAUCAGUAUGUACUCAAAGCUGGCAAUUUAGCAACAUAUCUGACAUGCACAUUCCUCCAGUGCAGCAUGGCAACAAAUGUCAUGUCGGUAACAAUUGUGAAGAUGCAAGUCACAUCCAAAAAAAGCAGACUGUUUGAGUAAUAUGUGUUCCCCCUCCCCCCCAUUUGAAAAGGGUCAUUCACCUUUGGUUUCUUAUGUAGCAAUAACCAUUAUAGCAAUCUGUGGCUUUACAAUUGUAUUUCCUGAGAAUACCCCCAACUUCCUGGUAUUCAGGUAUUAAAUGUGUGCUGAGUAUUGCUGUUUAACACUGCUGUACCACACUGUUAAUUAGUUGCAGUGUUCAGUUUGAGUUAGAGUUCCAUGUACCUUGUUGGGGGGGAGUGGAGUGUGGAAAUACAAAACCCUGUUUUAUACCUUACCUUGUUCUUUUGUAUGUACCCUGGUUUGAGGAUUUUGUUUGGGUGGGAGGGAAGUUGUAAGAUGUACAUGGUCCUAAAUAGGAUCUGUACUAAUACAGCCUGUGUCUGUAAUAGACUUUUGCAGGCUUAGGGAAUAAACCUACCUAAAAUCCAA